GCAAAUGACGUUCGCUAAGAUAACCUAAUUUAACUUUAUUAAUUGAUAUCAUAACCAUUGAUGUCGUAGAGGUAAACAGGCUGGCUUCUUACGACAAACCAGGAGUGUACCCAGUGUUAAUAAACAGUAACAUUCUUCGUUGAACACGAGAUGGAACGCGCAGCAGCCAGGGCUUGUUACCGAAAGUUGUUCCGCUCGACCACAGCAGUAUUCCAAAGAGACAAGGCGAUGCUUGAGGCAGCACGUCAAAGAAUCCGUCAGGAGUUUAUACAAAACAGAAACCUCCCUCCGGAGGAGUUGCAAGUGAAGGUUGACUGGGGUAACCAAAUUGCAGAGUUUCUUUCCAAAAAUCUCGUUCAAGCGGAGAAACAGGUAGACGGAUCAUAUAAACUGAAUAUUCGUCCCUCGACCGAUCUUUCAAGCGAUUUUCCUCCGUCAAUUGCAGUCUGUACGCGAAACAAGAAAUGAACUUCAUGAUGUCACCAAAAUAUAAGGUGAAGUCGCAAAUUUUUAUGAUUCGUCAAAAAUCCAUGCACGUGUGGAGCUUACUUUGAUGAGCCGAAAGAAACAGGAAAAGACGAAGAUCCAAGAACAUGCAACAGAUGACCAAUUGUGAGCUGGUCUGUUACGAAAACAACUGGAAAAACAAGCUGAUUGAAGAUUUUCAGGACCGCUAGACCAUCUGCCUAUUCGCGGCUUUUUCUGGCAAGAACACGUCGUAUCGCCCGAACUAUGGUAUAGCGCGUCGUCACUCCGACUUUGUUCAGCCAUCCGAAACUUCCUUUCCUACGCUUAGAACUUGAC